AUGCAGCUGAUUCGCCCGACCAGUCACCGCCCCUGUUCGUGGGUGCUGCUCGCGUGGGUGUGGAAGCUCGGAUUGAGCUUUGGGGUGGUGAGGAAGCCCCAUCCCAUCCUUCCCCCUUGCAGUAAGGCUACGGUAUGGAUCUCUCCUUCUUGGCUUGUCUGUAGAGGUCUAGUUGGGCUGGUUAUGGGGUUUUUCUGUGCUGGAUGGCGUCGUCUUCGGGCGAGACUCGUCCAAGUGAUGGGAAAGGGAAAGGCACGACCUCCUCGUCUCAUCGGGUUGUUGAGCGGCUUGCUGGCCCCUCGUGCUAGACCCCAAGGGAAGCCUUCAAGCUCUUCUGGGCCCCCCCAAGCCAGGUCUUGGGCCAAUGUGGCGAGACUGGCCGCGAAGGGGUACGAGCUGUCCCACAUUCCCUCGGCUGUGGUCGGGGAGAGAGUGUGGAUGAAGAUAAUAGAGGAGGGACCGCUAACUGUUGCUAGGGUCCCUCUUAUUUUGCAGCAAUGGAAGCCCCUAAUGGAGUUAAAGAAGAGCAAGCAAGCCUCUAUCCCGGUGUGGAUAAGGCUAAAAAACCUCCCUCUUGACCUUUGGUCCGCACCGAUGAUUAGUGCCAUUGUUAAUUCCAUUGGGAAGCCUCUACAUGUUGAUCAACGCACUGAAGGCAAGAGAAUGAUCUCCUAUGCUAGAGUGUGCAUUGAAAUCCAAGCUAGCCAUCCAAGAGUCUCUACGGUGGAGGUCAUUGUGGAAGGUGUAGCUAGAUCCAUAGAGGUGGAGUAUGAAUGGAAGCCCGUGGAAUGCCUCAAAUGCGGGAUAUUUGGCCACAAUUGCGAUGCCACCUCCAAGGCCUCUCGGCCCACUGCAGCCCAAAAGGGCAAAGCUGCUGUUCAUGCUGCUUCAACUCCUAAUGUGGCAAUUGAUUCCGCCCCCAAGGAAGCUCCUCCUACCUCGGGGCUGAAUGGCGAUGCUUCCUCUCCUCUAGAUGAGAUAGUUAACCCAUCGGAUACGGAUAUCCCUGCUUUGGCUUGUUCAGCUGAGGGCGAGGGUGCAACGGACAUCUUAGCUUCUUCAGAUGACGAUCUCCUUUCCUCAUGCCCCUCGCCAAAGGCUGCUUUGGAGGAUAGAAGGCUAACUCUAAUGCCAGACUCUCCUCCUUCGACCAUGCAAGAAAAGCUGCUAGCCUUGGCACCAGACCCUCCUCCUACCGCGACAAGGCCAACCCCGCCUUCCACUAGGAGUAAAUCCUCCAAAAGGAGAUUGUUCAUGGAAAGCUUCAGUGGGUGGAAUCUGGUUUUGACCUGUGUGGUUUCUAUCAUUUAUGUUGAGCACUCAUUCACCGCGCGCCAUCGGUUAUGGGGGGACCUAAUAGCUACAAGUUCCGCUUUGCAAGAGGAACCUUGGCUGGUGGAGCUGGAUGACUUAAGGUACGUGGAGUUCAGGUACACUUGGUCUACCUCAUCAGGGUCUUUACGCAAGGCAAGGAAGAUUGACAGGGUGCUGAUUAACACCUCUUGGAGUCACAUCUUCUCUUAUUCGGAGGCCUCUUUUCUAUCACCUGGGAUUUCUGAUCACUGUCCUAUGGUGGUUAAGGUCCAAAACCCGGUUCAUAGGAGAAGGCCUUUCAAGUUCUUUGAUUUUUGGAUGCGUCGCCCGAACUUCGACUCACUUGUGAAGCAAGUUUGGGACGCUCCAGGCUCAGGGGUGCUAAUGUUUAAACUUGUAAGCAAACUGAAGGCCCUCAAAAGUCGUCUCAAACAACUGAAUAAAGAUUCUUUUGCUAAUAUCUCUGUCAAAGCUACCAAAGCAAGGGAAGCGCUGAAGCAAACUCAAGUUCAACUUGCCCAGGACCCGACUGGUGCGAUUCUAGCAGACUUGGAGAGAGUGCAAAGAUGUUCAUUAGUCGAGCUCCGGUCUUACGAAGAGUCCUUCUUUAGACAAAAGGCUAGAAUAAGAUGGUUAAAGGAAUGUGAUCGGAAUACGAAAUUCUUUCACCAUUAUGUUAAAAAGAGACAGUUGAGGAAUAGGAUCCUCUCGAUAAUGGAUGCUUCAGGAGUCCAAAUUAACGAGCCUCGACUAGUUCAGCAACACUUUAUGGAUUACUUCCACAACCUUCUUAAGCCUCGACUAGAGUGGGAGUCCCCAACAGCAGAUGACUUUAGGGAGGAUGUUCGGGACACCCUUUUCUCCCUCGCUCGAGGGAAGGCGCCUAGUCCAGAUGGCUUCAUGGUGGAGUUCUUCAAGGAGAACUGGGAUACGGUGGGUCAACUGGUUACGAAAGCGGUAAAGGACUUUUUUAUUUCAGGGAGGAUCCUCAAAGAAAUUAAUAACACCAUUUUGGUGAUGGUCCCAAAGGUGCCCAAUGCGACUACGGUCGAUGAUUACAGACCCAUCGUUUGUUGCAAUACGAUUUACAAGGUCAUCACUAAAGUACUGGCGAACAGGGUUGUAGGUGUGCUUCAGGACCUGGUAAGCACUUCCCAAAAUGCUUUUGUCAAGGGACGUCGUAUUAGGGACAAUAUCCUUUUGGCUCAGGAGCUGUUUGCGAGGUUUCAUGUGGAGCCUUACACUCCUAAAUGGGCUAUCAAGGUUGACUUCAGGAAGGCCUAUGACAUUGUGGAUUGGCAAUUCCUCGAGAGUGUCCUCCUAGCCUUUCGUUUUCCUAACCGACUGGAACUUGGCUUCCAGGAGGGAUCCCUCCCGGUUCACUAUUUGGGUGUGCCAAUCAUCACGUUGAGAUUGGGGAAGGCGGAUUGCGCGGCUCUCAUUAGGCGCAUCACCACCAGGCUUAAAUCCUGGACUCAUCGGUUCCUUUCUGCUACUGGACGUCUUUAA